CGAGCAGCAGAACGUCCCCGCGCUAGCUUCCCGCGCCAUUCGAUCCUUCCUGUCUCAAACCAAGGGCGUAUCGGUGUUCGAUUACUACAUCGCGUACAAUCGGGACCACGUGAUCUUCAACGACAAUUUGGAGCUAUGCAGCGCAGUGCAGAAGGGAGCGACCUUCCUGCUCGACUUCACCUGGACGGACACGAACCGGAUCAUGUCCGCGGCGGACAACUUCAACAUCCCGUACGUCCACGCGGACGCCUCGCCGCAGACGUUCCUCAAGGUGAUGGAGACGUAUCUGCGUGCCCGCGGUGCCAACGACGUGGUUUACAUCUUCGACAGUCCGGAGAACGCCGACAUGGCGAUCUACUUUCUGAUCACCGAGUCGCAGCUGCGUACGAUCAUCUUCGAUCGGUUGAGCGACAACGCGAUCGAGAGGAUCAAGUCGGUGCGGCCUUACCCGUCGUUUUUUGCGAUUAUUGCAAAUACGUCGCAGAUGGGCGUGCUGUUUGGGCGGGCAAUUGAGAGUGGGCUGGUCACCAAACCGGACAAGUGGAACUUGAUCUUCAUGGACGUGGAGACUGAGAGCUUUGAGCAUCACGAGACUUUUCCAGCGAUGAGUCGUCUGCUGAUGGAGAAGGGCACCUGUUGCAUGUUGAUGAACAUGGAGGAUGGUUGCACUUGUCCGGUGGAGUUCAAACCCUGGGAAGCCCACUUGGAGAAUGUCGUGCAGAAGGUUCUUCAGCAAGCGCUCCACGAUCAGCUACCGCUGGUCACGCAAGACGAUUGCAGCGUGGUUGGCAGUUCGGCGACGGCGGACAUUUCCGGAUUGCUUAGGGAUCUUCGCGCGGACGAGCGUUUCUGGAUGCCGGAUGGGAGCAGAAUGUUGCGCUACAAUUUGAACGUUUCGAUUUGGAGCUCAACCGAGGAGGACGAGGCCGAGGCGAUACGGGUUGGCUCGAUCGCCAAGGGGGUUGUGGUGCCAAGCGAGGGAAACCGGAUAAAGGCGACGAAGAGGUAUUUUCGCGUUGGAACUACGGAGUCGAUCCCUUGGGCGUACCGUCAGCGCGACCCGCAAACCGGCGAGAUCAUCCUGGACGAAGCCGGUCAACCCAUCUGGGAGGGAUACUGCAUCGACUUUCUGCAGCAGCUGUCCAAGGUGAUGAGCUUCGACUACGAUCUGGUGUCGCCAAAGAAGGGCACGUUUGGGAUGCGCGACAAGGCCGGCAACUGGGACGGACUGAUCGGUGAUCUGGUCGUGGGUGAGAUCGACUUUGCAAUGGCUUCGAUGAAGAUGACCGCCGAACGGGAAGAGGUUGUGGACUUUGUGGCACCGUACUUUGAGCAGACCGGGAUUCUGAUCGUGAUGCGAAACCCCGUUCGGGAGACUUCGCUGUUCAAGUUCAUGACCGUGCUACGGUUGGAGGUCUGGCUGAGCAUCCUGCUGGCAAUUGUUGCCACGGCCGUCAUGCUAUGGCUGCUGGACAAGUUCUCGCCGUACAGUGCCAAGAACAACAAGCAGGCCUAUCCGUACGAAUGUCGAGACUUUACGCUGAAGGAGAGCUUCUGGUUCGCGUUGACCUCGUUCACACCCCAAGGCGGUGGUGAGGCUCCAAAGGCCUUGUCCGGCCGGACUCUGGUAGCUGCCUACUGGCUCUUCGUCGUCCUCAUGUUGGCCACCUUCACCGCCAACCUGGCCGCCUUCCUCACCGUAGAACGUAUGCAAACCCCCGUCCAAUCUCUCGAACAACUGUCCCGCCAAAGUCGUAUCAAGUACACGGUCGUCAAAAACUCCGACACCCACGACUACUUCAAGAACAUGAAGAACGCCGAAGACGUCCUGUACCAGAUGUGGCGCAACCUGACGCUCUCCAGCGGAAACGACCAGGCCCAGUACCGCGUCUGGGACUACCCGAUCAAGGAGCAGUACAUCAACAUCCUCUCCGCGAUCGAAUCCGCCAAGCCGGUAGAUUCGGCCGAGGCCGGCUUCAAGCGCGUCAACGAACGCCUCGAGGCGGACUUUGCCUUCGUGCACGACUCGGCCGAGAUCAAGUACGAAAUCUCGCGAAACUGCAACCUGACCGAGGUCGGCGAAGUGUUUGCCGAGCAACCGUACGCGAUCGCCGUCCAGCAGGGCAGCCACCUGCAAGACGAACUCAGCUUCUACAUCCUAGAGCUGCAAAAGGAGCGCUACUUCGAAUCACUCACCGCCAAGUUCUGGAACAACUCGGUGCGCGGCGUCUGUCCCAACACGGACGACAGCGAGGGAAUCACGCUGGAAAGCUUGGGAGGCGUUUUCAUCGCUACCCUUGUGGGGCUCGCACUCGCGAUGGUCACCCUUGCCGGGGAGGUUCUGUACUACCGUCGGAAGGACCGGCAGACCAAGCUGGUGCAGGUUGAACCGGCGGCGGAAACGCCCAACAACAAGAGCAAGAAGGAAAAGCAACAGUCGUUGAACUUUAAGAACAUGCUGAACUUGGAUCCGAAGAAUAACCUGAACAAGGUGGCGGACAAGAAGAUUCCCAAGGAAAUCACCAUCGGGAGCAAGUUUGUGCCGGCAUCGGAGAAGCAGCAGAAAAUUAGCUACAUUUCGGUGUUUCCGAGGAAUCCCAUACAUUGAAGCGAGUCGUUUGAAGUUAGUUGAGUUGAGAAGGCACAUUUUAAUGGAAAAAUAACUUGUUUCAAUCACUCAUCAACAUGAAGCAGUCAAGCACGUCCUCAAAAAAAUUUACAUUUGAGUGUUACAAUAUUAAGGCUAAUGCAAAUGAGUGAACAAUAAAACCCA